AUGCACCACUCCGUCGCCACAGUCCCCUUGGCGGUCACCGCCGCCAUGCUUUACGCGCGCUUCGCUGCUUUCUCCACCCGCCCUGGCCUUUGCCGCCUCUUUGCGCUCAUCCCGGUGCUUGCCCUUCUUCUCGUGCUCCCCUUCCUCAUUCCGCUGUACGGCGUCCGGGGACUCGUUGCCUUCUUCCUUGUCUGGCUCGGCGAGUUCAAGCUCCUCCUCCUUGCCUUCGGCCACGGCCCGCUUGACCCUCACAUCCGUCCUCUCCCAUUUGUGUUCACUGCCGCGCUUCCAGUCAAACUCCGGCAGAUCUCCAAGGAUGCUGAUGUCAUAAAGACGAAGACGGUCCUCCUAUCUUCUAGUAUCAAGUUCGCUAUCACGGCGGUGAUUGUCCACCACCUCCACCACUCUAAGGAACGGACACACCCUUAUGCCGCUUUCGUCCUCUUCGGCGUCAUCACCUAUUGCAUCCUCGAUUCCGUGCUGCCGUGCCUCGCCGCGACGGGGAGGGCACUAGGCAUGGAGCUGGAGCCGCAGUUCAACAAGCCAUACCUCUCGGCCUCGCUUGAAGACUUUUGGGGCCGGCGGUGGAACCUCAUGGUGUCAGCAGUGCUCCGGCCAUCUGUCUACAACCCCGUCCGUGCACGCCUCGGCGUCCCCGCUGGCGUGCUAGCCACCUUCCUCGUGUCAGGCCUUAUGCACGAGGUGAUGGCAUACUACCUCACGUUCCGGGCUCCAACGGGGCAGGUCACGGCGUUCUUCGUUCUGCACGGCGCGUCUAUGUGCGCCGAGCGGUGGUGCGCUUGUAGGUGGAGCGCGAGGCCACCGCGUGUGGUGGCGACGCCGUUGGUCGUGGCGUUCGUGGUGACCACAGCGUGCUGGCUGUUCUUGCCUGCUAUCUUCGGCGGUGGGAUGGAUGAUCUCUAUCUCGCCGAGGCCGCUGCACUUGCGUCAUCCUUCCGUGAUGUCGGGGCAAGGUUCCUAGGGCUCGGCAGCCUCGGUUCUUAUUGUUUAAUUACAUGUGGUCGAUUAAUGGACGUCGUGGAUUAG